AUGCCGAGCGUCAAGAAAGACCAAGUGAUCGCGACUCUGUACUCCAGAAACACGCUCAUUCUCGCACUGCUCCUCUUAGUCAGUCUCUCCGCGGCUCGUCCGAUAAUCGGCCAAACUAAUCCGGUAGCGGUGGAAACCUCGAUCUACAAACGAGGCUUCUUGAGCGCAACAAAAGAGGCUUUCGAAUCCACACAGGCCAUCAAGGAUGCCGGCGAGACGGCUUCUGAGGCUAAGAAUCUGAAGAAUGCUCAUUCCGCCACGUCUUCGAAAGCGGCCCUUCAUGGCGGACCUUCGAAAAAGGCACGGCUAGAAAAAGACACAAAAGAUUUGUUCCUUCCACAAGCCCCAGAAAAAACACCUUCGCUAGACAGUGGAAAAGAUUUAACUGGUGCGAAGACCUCCCUUGAUCCCAAAUCCGCCCAGGCAAAGCCAUUUUCAGCAGAAGAAGCGAAAGGUGAACAACCCAAACCUGGAAAGGCAAAUGCUGAGCCAUUUCGGGGGGAAGAAUCCAAGAGUGAACAAGCGAAAGCGGAACAAGCAAAAGCAGAACAAGCUAAUGCGAAACAGAAAAAAGUGGAUCAGGCGAAAGUGGAUCAAGCGAAAUCGAAUCAAGUGAAAGCGGAACAAGCCAAAUCGGAACAAUUGAAAACUGAUCAACUCAAAACCAUCAAGGCCACCCCAGCCUCCGAUCUCUCAAACGAGCCAAAAGCUUUGAGUCCUUUCCAGAGAAUCUGGGCACACAACUCAGAUUUACCAGCACGGUAUCAAUCUGGCGUGAUAACCGAAAGAAAACCAAAUGAGUUGGGCGGUGGCGAAGUUGCCGCAUCAUAA